UUAGGAUACUACAAAGAAGCCCAAAUUCAGAUACUUGAGGCGCUUGAACUUCGACAAAGCGUCUUGGGCCAUGAUCAUGAACAAACACUUAUCAGUUUGGAAACACUAGCAGGAGUCUUGAUGAGCCAGUGCAAAUACAAGGAGGCAGAGAUAGUGAACAGAUCAGCCCUAGACGGAUUUAGCCGGACGCUUGGACUGAAUCACCCCUCAACACUCACGAGCCUUAGCAAUCUAUCCUUGGUACUAUACCAUAAAGGCGAAUACAGAGAAGCGGAGUACCUUGGUCAACAAGCAGUAGAAUUAAGCAAAAACAUCUUAGGGGAUCUUCAUAUUGAUACUCUGAAGAGUAUUGGUAACCUCGCAUUAACUCUACAGCGACAAGGUAGGUAUAGAGAGGCGUUUACGUUGAACGUGCAAGCAGUUGAUGGAUUUCUUAGCACUAUUGGCUUAGAUCAUCCUGCUACGCUAGCCAGCAUGACCAAUCAGGCUAUACUGCUAAAGCAGAAGGGGGACUUCAGACAGUCGCAAUGGUUAUUUUGGAGGACAGUAGCUAACAAAGUUCGAGUGCUUGGUUACAAUCAUCCUUCAACU